CACCCUCUCUUUCUUCCCUCUUUUUUUCGGCGUGUUUCAGAAUGGCUACUCGCAAGGAAACACCGUCGACACCAACCGCCCCGAUGGCUUCCACGUCUCCGGGAGCAACUUUAGAUUCACCUGUGAAACAGAUUCAGAUCGAGGGGCUGGUGGUCCUGAAGAUGAUCAAGCAUUACCAGGAGGAGGGUCAGGGCAGUGAGGUGGUUCAGGGUGUACUACUGGGCCUGGUAGUGGAGGACAGGUUAGAGAUCACCAACUGUUUCCCCUUCCCUCAACACACCGAGGACGACGCCGACUUUGACGAAGUCCAGUAUCAGAUGGAGAUGAUGCGGUCUCUUCGUCAUGUCAACAUUGACCAUCUUCAUGUGGGCUGGUACCAGUCAACCUAUUAUGGAUCAUUUGUCAGUCGGGCCCUGCUGGACUCUCAGUUCAGUUACCAGCACGCCAUCGAGGAGUCUGUCGUGCUCAUCUACGAUCCCAUUAAGACCGCCCAGGGCUCCCUGUCCCUGAAGGCUUACAGGUUAACACCCAAACUGAUGGAGAUCUGCAAGGAGAAGGACUUCUCAGCCGAGGGAUUGAAGAAGGCCAUGAUCGGUUUUGAGCACAUGUUUGAGGAGGUUCCCAUUGUGAUCAAGAACUCCCACCUGAUCAACGUUCUGAUGUGGGAACUGGAGGAGAAGUGCACUGUGGCCGACAAACACGAACUGCUCAACCUCUCCAGCAGUAACCACCUGGAGAAGUCUCUGCAGCUCCUGAUGGACAGAGUGGAUGAUAUGAGUCAGGACAUUGUCAAGUAUAACACCUACAGCCGUAACCUCAGCAAGCAACAGCAGCAGAAACACCAGUAUGUCCAACGACGCCAGCAGGAGAAUGCUCAGAGACAGACCAGAGGAGAAACUCCUCUACCAGAGGAAGAUGUCUCCAAGAUGUUCAAACCACCACAGCCCCCUCCUCGCAUGGACACUCUCCUCAUCGCAGGACAGAUUAACAAUUACUGCCAGAAUGUGAAGGAGUUCACCUCCCAGAACCUCGGCAAACUCUUCAUGGCCGAGGCUCUUCAGGGACACAACAGCUAAAAGACUGGAGGAGGAACUAAAGCACACAGGACAGAACCCCCCCUUUCACCCAAUCAGAAUGAUCCAUACAGGGCUGUGUUCUAAAUGGUACCCUCUUCCCUUACAUAUAUAGAUAUAUAUAUAGUGCACUGCUGGUCAAUACUAGUACACUAUAUAGGGAAUAGGGUGUAAUUUUGGGAUGCAUCCUAUGAUUGGAGGAUUGAUGUGAUGCUGUUAGAUUUGUUAAGAAAUUAAAAUAACGAUGUGACAAAACAAUAUUAUUCAUUAUUAAGGAAACAUAUUCCACUUUCUCCCAAGAUGAGUUAUUUGAAUAUUAUUGUAACUUUUAAUAAACAUCUUUGCGUCUCCUCA